CCGUGCUACACAUAUAAAAUAGAUACUACCUAGUAUUGCCUUCAUUGACUAAAGGGAUUAAGAGUUGUGUAGUCUCAAUGUCUAGAUGGUUAUAUGUUGAGAUAAUGGUUAUUCUUAUAAAUAUGUUCAUCUUGAGAAAUGUUAGCAUUCUGUUAUUUGUCAUUCAAUUAAUGCUGGCAAAAUGAUUUCUUUCCAAGUUUUGUUUUUAAUUUUCAAUGGAGCCUAUGGUAUUGUUUUAGUACCAGAGAAAAAGGAGACGUUGCUGAAAUGUAUUAAAACUAAUUGGAAUAGUUCGUUGAUUGUUAACCUCAACAAUGGUGACAUAGAGAUAGCUGCAUUUUAUGCCAACAGUUACUGUGUAGCUUUCGGGAACAUGACUUGUUCCUACAACAGCAUGUAUAAUAUUUUAAGCACUAGGGAUAUAAAUUGGUUUCAAAGGAUAGCUUCAUAUUUUUGUGAACAUUAUAUAUUCCAUGAGGAGAAGCAGUUUAAACUUCAAGAAAAGAAGCUACACUGCCCGCCCCACGGUGACUUAACAACAGUAGCUUUAAUGUAUAAAGAUGGAACAAUAACAAAUGUUGGUUUCUUGAAGACAAUGCAUAUUAAGUGUAGCUUGGGAAUGAAGUGCGCCGUGGUCAACAAUGAUUACCUUAUGGAGGUAUUGAACUAUACACAUCUAAUCGUAUCAUAUAUAUGCUCAAGUUACAUGAUUAAAUCCAACGAUACGAAUGUGCUACCUAUUCCAGAUGCAAGGAAAAUGCCCAUGGUUUUUACAUUGAUAUGUCCGAAAGUAAACCAAUCCUUGUCAAUCAACGUUCUUAUGAAGGACGGACAAUCCAGCCAAUAUUCUACAUAUCACAACGACAUCUGCAAUACAUCAUUAGAUACGAUGACAUGUUCUUCAACAGAUUCCAAUUUUCUACUGACAGUUCCAGUCUCUUUGGAAUCUAGAAAUAUGACCUCUCUUUCUUGUUCAGAAAACACUACAGAAGACAUCGCGUUUUAUAGUGAUGCGAUUGACAUCAAAUGUAGAAGCCCAAUUAUUACGAGUGAGAAGUUUUCAGUUAUGUGCAAUAUUACCAACGUAUACCCAAGUAUAGAGUGUACGUUGUUUAAAAUUACUGAUGGUAAAAAAUCUGUUGUUACACACAAAGUACAAUAUGAAGAAUCUUUCCACCCCACCGCCACCUUGUACUUUGAAACUUCCUGUGAACUAACAAUACCAGCUACACAAUUAGGUCAAGGAGUCCAGCAAUACGUGGUGGUUGCUUCAGCGAGUAAUUUUCCACAGGGUCACCAUGAGUAUCACAUCGAGAGAUCACUUUUAGAACCCCCUGAGGCUGUUUUCGAUCCCACUUGCAUCAGUGGCCAAGGAGUUCUGAAAGGUUACAUCCUGGCCAACACAACACUAAACUGCACCUGUUGGAGAAAUGUAACGUCUCACAUUUACAGUCAAGUGCUUUGGGUAAAAGAUGGUAUACUGGAACCUUCAGCAAUCAGACUUCGUAAUUCUUCUACCCUUACAUUACAUAUGACAAAAGAUAUAGAAAACAAUUUUUCAUGUCUUGCUGUCUCACCACUGGGGAAUUCUUCUAUAACUUUCAAUGUCCCGAAAAUAGCGUUUGGUCCAACCAAUGUGAUGACUUCAGUUCAAAACCUCAGCCUGAAUGUCUGCAGCAAUCAUUCUAUCACAUGUUGGGUGUUACAAAAAGAGGUUAGCCCUGAUGUAGAGUUCAACAUGAAAGUAGAUCACCCGGAGUCCUUUCUAGUCAGAAUGACAACCAAAUCAUUGGUAUCCACCAUCAUUAUUACACCUGUUCGUGUUGGAAAUUUUACAUUGACGUGUAAUGUCAAAAAUAGUAUCUUUGAUAUUGAAGCCCAAGCUAACAUAUCAGUAAAUGUCUCAGAGUCUUCAAAAAAUCUACCGGCAUUUGUGGUGAAUAAUGGUCUACCGAUAAGUGAAUCACAGAAAGCGGUGAAGGUUACAUGCUUCAUGCAAGACAAUUCGAAUGUCGUUACCAGUUUAACCCUUCAGUGUCUGAAUGAUUCAAAAAGUGUCAACGGUCCUGUAGUGUCAAUGUUGAAAUCAUUCUCCAGAAAACACAAUGGCUCCAAGUGCGAAUGUCAAGCGAGAUUUAAAGAGGAUUGUUUUAUUAGUAGAACAUCAAGUUUUAUAAUUAUAGUAGCAUAUGGACCAACAGAAAUGGAAGUAUCAAGAAGGAAUAUGUUUAUGGAACUAUGUACUUUUGAAACACUUAGAUGUUCAGUGUCCAGCAACAAUGUUUUUCCUGGUGUGUAUUUUCAUUGUAAUGCCAGUCCGGCGGAUUCGCUUGUAGUGGAACAAUCAAACAAUGUAUCCACGGUUAACUCCGCACAGUUUCAGAUAGCCAGUUUUAGAAAGGGAAAAUUUACAGUCACUUGUUCAGCUAUAAACGUAUUAAAUCAGAAGCUUCGAGUGCGCAAAGAUAUCUUUAUAACUGUUGAAGAGCUUUCUUCACAAUUACCAGUGAUUCGUUUAUUGAACAAAAAACUACCACUGGUGGAAGGAGUGUCGUCUAAAAAUGUCACAAUUUCCUGCGACGUUCCCGGCGGUUUUCAUAGAAUACAGAAUUUGUCGCUGACCUGUUUGGACCAAACUACUACAAAACUCGACGAGCCGAUUACGAUAAAUAGGAAUAUAACUAGAGGCCACAAUUUACAGUGCAAGUGUGUAGCUUACUAUACAUCACAGUGUUACGGACAACGCGAAGCAGUUCUAGAUAUUCAGCUGGUGUAUGGCCCUAGUGAAGUGUUUCCUUAUCUGAGAACUGUACACACUAGAAAAUGCACUGAAACCACCGUUGGAUGCUUUGUGCUGAAAACUGAUGUUUCUCCAAAAGCAAAAUUUGUAUUUUCUGCUCAAUAUAAUGAUACAGCGAUUCAAUUCAAGGAAGAUAUUAAAACAUCUAUUUAUCCUUUUUAUGCUAUAAAAGUCACUGCCUUGGAUGUUGGCGAGUACACUUUGAGAUGUACAGCUGAAAAUGUAGCCGAAAACUCAUUGAAAGUAGAGACAAAUAUUUCAUUAGUAGUCACAGAAUCAAUUCUUCAUAAACCUUUGUUUAUUAUAAACAGUGAACAAACAGAACCACACGAUAACUUGGAGGAAAUGAGUUUUAGUAUCACAUGUGUUAAAUCAGAGAAUGCUUUUGACCUCAUGACUAUGACACUUACGUGUAACAACAAAACCGUCACUAAACAAGCCAAUGCCAUCACCGUGUAUCAUGACUUCAGAGAUCAAAUUACUUGUACCUGUAUUGCUCACUACCAAGAUUCCUGCAACAUAUCUUAUGAGACUUCAUCAGGCUAUAAUCUGAAAUGUACCAGUCCAGUGGUCUAUGUCAAUGAUGGUAACCCUAUGAUAGUACAUAAUUCUGAGACCAAUAUAACCAUAACUUGCCGAGGUCUGGAGAGCGAGAAUUACUACAGCAACAUUACUUUGACCUGUCUUGGCAUGACCAUCAGUGACUUGGGGACUUCAACUACAUUGUACGCACUGAUAACGAAGAGAGAUCAUGGUAGUAGCUGCACGUGUACCAUUAAAUCAUUGUAUUGUGAUGAGAAUAGAACAUCAGAGUUUAUCCUGGACUUCUCAUAUGACACGGGUGUGAUCCACUACAUGGUUAACAACAACUCGCAAGUGGAAAUAUCAGAAGGAGAAAUGCUGGAAUUUGUCUGUCUUGUGGAAAGCUACCCUAAGCCUGACAUUGUUAUCAAAAGUGAUGGAAACAGUCUACUUAAUGAGACAUGGAAGCCAAACGUGACAUCAUUAAAAACAGAAGAUAAUAUCUGGGCCAUACAUUUUUUAAUAGCUAAUUCGUCAUGUUUGAACACCAAUAAUUAUACAUGCAUGGAGUCAAAUCCUGUCACCCUAACCCAGUCACAAACAAGUGUUUUGAUUCUAGUAAAAUGUUCUCUACAUGUGUACGAGUCUGACAGUUCGCCAAAACAUUUCGAAUAUCACAUUGACGAUGAAGCUGCAAUAAGUGUGAAGCUCUAUGGACACCCUCAACCAACAAAUAUACAGCUUCUAAAAGGAAUAGAUAGUAGAGAAAUUAACCAAACUAAAUACAGCGCUAAUUUUACGGAGUUGAAGAAACCUUUGAUUUUAGUAAAUCUUAUUAUUCAUAAAAUACAAGAAGAAGACUUUACAAAUUAUCUUUUGAGAGCUGACAACGGUGUAGGAAAGCCUUUAUUGUGGGAAUUUAUAGUUGUUAAAGGGGAUUCAAUCUUAGAUAUAGACAUAGUUUUGACAGUUUCAUUAAUAAUUGGCUUCUUGGUCCUCAUUUCUGCCCUAGUUCGUUAUAAAAUGAAAAGGAAUCAAAAAGAUAGAAACCGUCAAGUCAGGCCUAGACGCAACGACGGUGAUCAAAAGACAUUUUUUAACCCAAGAUAUUCGACGUCAACAGUAUCUGAAAAUUUCCUUCCAAAAGUUUCUGAGAUUGAUGAGGAUAGAAACAGUAUUGGCAUGUGUUCCUUAAACACAGACCUCAGCAGCGUUUCUGAAAUUGAUGAGUAUGGAGUCAGUACUGGUUUAACUGCAAUCAAUAAUGACGACACUAUAUAUUCUGUUCCUUAUACGUACCGCUAUGAGUUACCUAUUGAUGACGAUGGUGAUGAUUCGGAAGUCUUUGGUGUCCACAGUACAUUCGCCACUCUAAAAACGACAGAUAAAAACAAAACCAAGGAACAUAAUCAAAAUGUAUCUACCUGUAAAGCUGCUUUGAAUCACCUUCCAGAUCGUUUACUUCCAUGGAAUUAUAAACAAGUUAAUAUGAAGGUGAUAAAUUGUUCGGAUGUUUCCGUAGAAGGCGGCAUUGAACCAAUGCCUGUGAUGCCUGCGAUACAGGAAAGCUGCACAACUCAACCUGCUUAUAUAUUCAAAAUGAGUCAACCUCCAUCAGAAUCACUUCCGUGGAAUUAUAAAAGAGUGAAUAUGAAAGUUAUCAAUUGUUCGGUUGUUUCCGUAGAACUAGAAAAUGAAAAACUACAAAAUCUCUUUACAAUACAGGAGAGCGAUGUAGAUUCCAACAAAUGUGAUCCGGAUAGAGAAACGAUGUUGGUUGAAAGUAAAAAAGAUUCCUGAAGUGACAGGCAAGAACGUAAACAUUGCUCAGGCAUCGAGAUACACUUUCGGUUUAUUAAUGACAUUUUAUACAAACCAUGAUUGAAGUUAAACACAUUUAGAUGUGUUUCAUGUAUAUUUCAUAUUUCGUCAUUGACACAACGGCAUCGAUUUCUUACAUAUUCUUUAUGAUAUUUAUGUUUACAGUAUAGACUAUAUUUUUACCGUUGUUUGUGUUGUAUUUUCAAAUCAUAUUGAGUCUACAAUAGUUUUGGUGGUAGCUCUAUAUAAAUGUUUCUAAUGAUUUAAUAUUGCCGUUGAAGUACAUUUAGAUACUUUAUUUGCUAAGUCAUUUGUCAUAUAAAUUCGUCUUAACAUAUUGAAUAAGAAAUGCGCCUUUAGCUUUGUGCCUUGCAGAGAGAUAUUUUUAAUAGUUUUUUUUUCUUUAAACUUUAAGGUGAUUAAAGUGAUAAUCUUACCUUGUACAUUACAGACGUUCCUUCAAAAGAUAAGACAAGAAGGUCUACGCGUCACCAUGUGUUAAUCUAAUCGUGCAUGUGAAUUUUAGAGACUGAACUCUGCUACAUCUUUUUUUUUCCUUAUUGAUGACACUAGAAGAAGAUUCUGAAAAUUAUUUCUUUUGCUUUGUCUGCAUUGCAUAUAAAAUAAUGUAAUCCAUAUUUAGAUUGAAAUCAAUGGUUCAUUAUUAUUUAUUUGUAUUAACGUUUUUAAGCGGAGCGGCGAGGUUUUAUA